UGGCUUCCCUCAUUCUACCCAGAUAUGCUUGUGAUCGGCGCCGUUGCGCGUGAGCAUUGAAGCUCCGAUCGAGAGCCGAAACCAAAUUUUGCUUGCGUUUCGAGGCUUCAAUUCGAGAUAUUGAAGCACGAAUUGGUGCGGCGGAGUUUGGUUGUGCAUCGGUGCAAUGGGGUGGUAGCAUUUCCUUGUAUCGUAGCAGUAGUUGUUGUUGUUGAUGUUGCUGUUGUCGAUGGGUUUGUGAGAAGAUGGGUUGUUGGAGGAGGAAGAAGAUGUUUGUGGGUUUGUAGAAUUUGGGGUUUUGAGGGUCUACGAGUUUGAGAUUGUUAAGAAGCUGUGCAGUUUUGCAUUGGUUUUUUUGUUUUUUUGUUUUUGUUUUUGUUUUUUUUUUUUUCGCUGAGAGUUGGGAUGAUGAAGGGUGUUGCGGGUUUAUAGUAUUUUGGAGAGCGUUGAGGGGAUGAGGUGGGAGGAGAGAAAGCUAUGGCGAGGAGGUUGGUGAGAGGCAGAAGCAGAGUGCUGCUCUCCGACUCCUCGGACGAGGAUUCCUCAGACAACAUCGACGUGGUCGUGAAGCACGUUGUCGCGGAGGGCAAUGCUGCGGCCCCGGCCUUAGUUGCUCCCCCGGGGAUUGAUUCCAUGGUGUUAGAGGACGAGAUCGAGGACGAUGACAUUUCCGUGGAAGAGGAUGAGCCUCCCGUGACCAUCUUCCCGCUCGCGGAGCCGUUCACUCCUGCUGUGAGUAGGGUUCCUCGACAGGAGAACAUGAACAGAAACAGCGACGACGGGUUGGGUAAUCCUCUCCACCAGCUGCUUCAGAAACGGGGAAUUCGUGUGCAUUCUGAAUGGCUCGCUUCGUUUGUUCGGGAGAUGGAGACUGCCCAACCAGGGUUUAGCACUUUCGGAGUAGAAAAGCAGGGCGAGUUUGCUUUCUCGCAUUUGCUUGUCGCCGAUUUCAAUGAAGUUGGCGCAGGUUGUUUGCCUAAUUCCUUCGGGAGUCUUCAUGCAACUGAGCUCUCUGGACCAUUUAUUCUUCAGGUGGAUGAGAUAAGUGAUAUCGGUGCUCCUUUGAGAGAGAGAUAUCAGCAGCGGGGUCCAAUGCCGACCAGGUGCCUGAAGCUUUCCAUGACAGACGGCGUGCAGCGUGUCAUUGGAAUCGAGUAUCAACCAAUCGCCGCUCUUCAUAACCUAUUUCCUGCUGGGUUGAAGAUCUGUGUGAGACAUGUGUUUGUACGACGCGGUGUUUUCCUCCUAAGCUGCGAUAGCGUGGAAGUCGUAGGAGGUCUUGUACCGCGUUUAGAGGAAGCACGUCAACGUGCAGUGCAUGAAAUUAAUAAACCGGCUCGGGGCAGUCGACACCGUAGAGGGCAGCCUGGGGACCGUUCCCUGGCCGAAAGGGCGACUGCUGCGGCUUGGGUCAGAAACACGGAUGAGACUAAUCCUGCUAAUCCUACAGCUGCACUGAAUGCGCGGGGAAAUUCUCGUGGGCACUCUAUGGAAUCCAUGCAGCCAACUGCAGCUAGUAUUUUUCAGUCGUUUGUUGCUCAGGACCAGCCAGCCCAUGAGCCUCGAGCAACACCUGUUCUUGAUCUCGAUACAAACAUAGGGCAAAGUAUACAUGCCGCUCGCACCGAAACCAGGUCAAAUUUUUCGGUGCAGCAAACAACUUCUGCCGUAGGCCCACUUCUCACUGAGACCAGGAUAAGUGCCGCAGUGCAACAAGAACCUGCUGCUGUUGAUCUUACGCAUACUGAGACCAGGUUAAAUGUGUCAGUGCAACAAGCAACUUCUUCUGUACAUAACCUUGAGGUAAAGAGAAGGCAGACUACAUUACCUUGGCUUCAGACACCUGCGAACGACACAGUGGUUUGUGAAGGCAGUCCUCCUAAAAUCUCAACAAGCACAUUUGGAUCUUCGUGCACACAGCAGCGGGUUGUAGAGCAGACCACCACACAUGAUUCUCUUGCUCAAGCUCCUGGUGCUGGUAUACAGACUCCCAUGAACUUGGAUAGUGAUGAUGAUGAUUUUGAUUUUGAGAGUGUCCCGGCCACUUCACAGAGGCAUCAAACUCCUUCAUUUAGUGAAGAACCUUUCACCUAUCUGGCCUUCCUAAAAGAAAGGCUAUCUGCAGGACCUGGAUAUAAUGCUGCCGUUGGCAAAAUCAAGUGUGUUCUGACAGGUGUAAAAGAUUUCAAAUUCAAAGACUCUGAAGAAUUUGCACUGAUCGUACAUGUGGAUGAUGGUAGCCUUGUAACCGAGGCUCUCAUCCACCAUGAGGUAGUGCAGAAGAUGGUUGGAUUUUCCCCUAAAGAAGUGAACAGAGCUCUAGCUAGUUCAAACCCUCAGGAUGUUCGAGAGAUGAAGAGCAAUAUGAAGCGGUUUCAGGCUUUCUUGAAAAAAUUUGAGGGCUUGGCGUACGUUCAAUACAAACAAAUAUUGGACCUACCUGUGAUUUCGCACAUGGAAGAGGGCGUGAAAGAAGGGGAUUUAACUGCAUUGCUGGCUCGGGUUGGCAAAGACACGUCUUUUAGGCAGCAUGAUAGUAGAAUAAAGUCAGAGUUCAUUGAUGUAUCACCUUAAACCUUCCAUUAACUAGUUAUUGUUAUUGCAAUUGCAACAACUAACCUUUGUUAUGGACUGCUCAAACCCAGCGUAGUUUAUAACAAACUAGUAUAUCUUGAUUGAAGUCAAUGACAUCUGGUGAAUCGAUUAUUUUUGUCCUCAUAAAUACCCAAGUGGUUAAUUUCUA